AUGGUUUCUUCACUUGAUUUGCAAGCAUUGAACAUAUUUCUUAGCCGCCCAAUUACUCACGAUAUGAUCCACAAGUUGGUUGUGGCUACUUUACAAGUUAUUCCUUGUAAAGAUACCAAAUCUCAAACUUAUACAACGACAAAUAACACGGUAAAACAGUUACCUUCAUUAAUGACUUUUUUAUCGAAAUUGAUCAAGUAUACAAAUGUCUAUACUGGAACAUUAAUGGCCACUCUUAGCUAUUUACAAAAAUUAAAAGACAGGUUGCCCAAGAAUGCCCAGGGUUUACCAUGUACCAGACACAGAAUCUUAUUGAGCUGCUUAAUCUUAUCAAGUAAAUUUCAUAAUGAUUCAAGUCCCAAGAACAAACACUGGGCGAAAUACACCGAUGGGUUAUUCAACGUUAAGGAUAUUAACCUUAUGGAGAGACAGUUGAUUUAUUUACUAAAUUGGGAUUUAAGAGUUGAUAACAAGGAGAUGUGUCAAGCAUUAGGAUCAUUCUUGGAGCCAAUAAAAGCACAAAUUAUUAAGGCAGAGAAGAUUAAGCUUUGGAGAGCACAACAACAGCAGCAGCAGCAGCAACAACAACAACAAAAACAAUCCCAAUCCCAUGUGCAAUAUCCAAUUCACUAUAGACAAGAUUCAACAAGUUCAAUCUCUUCACUAUCAUCUACAAAUUCAAUGGAUUCAAUAUACAGUCAAGGCUCAUCAAUAUCCUCAGCAACAUCAACGAAUUCUAUAAUUCCAAUAGUUGCGGAAACCAAACCAACUCCCGCCACAAGAAUUGAUGUGGUGGAUCCAAUAAUUGAGCUCACUGCAAUAAAGGAAGAAAUUGAAUUGAAGAACUUGUUGAAAAAGUUCAGUACUAGUACCAUAAAAGGAUAG